AAUUUAUCAUAGGCAAAAUUUGUGCUUCAUUCUUAGCUGUGUGCUGAGCAUCCCUGCACCGGCAUGCACAGUCUCCCAAGGCUCAUACUGCCGAAGAGUACGCCCCUCUCUCUUUCUCUCUCUCUCACACACACUCAGGCUCUCCCACUCAACCUCUCCCUCACACACACACACACAUAUUCACACACACGUGCUCGCAGUCACACACGCGCAGUGCCUGUCAGGAGCGCCGCUGCUGGACCACAGCCAUCUCGCGAAGGAGGUUCCAGCGGAGGAAAGAGAAAGCCAGAGCGAGCGCGAGACAAAGGGAAGGAGGACGGUAGAAGGAGAGGAGCGAAUAGGAGCGCGGGGACCGGCACAAGGAACGAGAGAUCCAGCACUUUGUGAAGAACAGAAAGCGAGGGACAGGAGGAGGGAGGAGGAGAGAGGAAAAAAGAGGAGGGGGAACAGGAAACGCGAUCACUUUCAGCUGCAGCCGUCCGUGUCGCAGCAUGGGCAAUGCACCAUCCCAAGCCAACGCCGGGGCCUGUUUUCCUAAGCAAGAUCCCGAGCGUGGUGGCAGUCACAUGAUCUCCACAGAUGACUUGGAAUAUCCACGGGAGUACCGGACGCUGGGGAACAGCGCUCGACGCUUCUCCAAUGUGGGCCUGGUGCACACGUCGGAGCACCGCCACACCGUCAGCGCUGCCCAGAGCCUGGAGGCCCUGACCAACCUGCACAAGGCUGACAUGGAACGCAAGAGGGACGCCUUCAUGGAUCACCUGAAGAGCAAGUACCAGCAGCAGCAGCAGCAGCUGCAGCAUCCGCACCACAGCCCGCACCACAACCCGCCAUCGCCCUCACCCUCCCACGCCAGCAUGAGGGGUACGUCAGAGCGGUCUGCACGAGAACAGCAACAGCCCAACUACUGGAGCUUUAAGAGCCGCAGUCCAAGGCAUUCCCAGUCUACCCAGUCUGGGCUUGCCGACCAGGCCGCCAAGCUCUCCUUUGCCUCCGCUGAAUCCUUGGAGACCAUGUCAGAAGCCGACAUCCCCAUCGGGUUCAACCGGAUGAACCGAUUUCGCCAGAGCCUGCCUCUGUCCCGCUCUGCCAGCCAGAAUAAGCUACGAUCUCCAGGAGUGCUCUUCCUGCAGUACGGAGAUGAGACACGUCGGGUUCACAUCACCCACGAACUGAGCAGUCUGGACACACUGCACGCACUCAUCGUGCACAUGUUCCCUCAGAAGUUGACAGCAGGUAUGCUGAAGUCACCCAACACGGCCAUCUUGAUCAAGGACGAAGCGCGCAACGUCUUCUACGAAUUGGAGGACGUCCGGGACAUACAGGACCGCAGCAUCAUCAAAAUUUACCGCAAAGAGCCUAUCUACGCUUCCUACCCUGCUGCUGCACACCUGGCUAACGGAGACCUGAGGAGGGAGAUGGUGUACACCUCUCGUGACUCCUCCCCAACUCGCCGGCUCAACACCCUCCCCUCCUCUACAGCCUCAGCGUCCUCUGGUUCUCCAUCCCGCUCACGCCUCUCCUACAGCGGGGGCCGUCCUCCAUCCUUCGCUGGCUCUCAUCCCCAGCAUGAACAGCCUCGACAUCCCCACCAUCCUUCAGCCGGCCACGCUGCCAAUGCAGGCUUGUCUCCCUCGCCCAGCGCUAUCCUUGAGCGCCGUGACGUCAAGCCUGAUGAAGAAGUUUCUGCAAAAAACAUGGCACUGAUGAAGAACGAGGGGCUCUAUGCAGAUCCUUACAGCCUGAUGCACGAGGGCCGCCUCAGCAUCGCCUCCACACAGUCAUUAGCUACCAUUGGAGACCCCUUUAGCUUUCCUGUUUCCAGUGGCCUGUACCGCCGUGGCUCUGUGCGCUCACUCAGCACCUACUCAGCCGCUGCUCUUCAGGGGGACCUGGAGGACUCCCUCUACAAGCCUGGAGGUUCACUCUACUCUGACACAUACUCCUCAGCCACACUGGGCAUGGGUUUUCGCAUGCCACCGUCAUCCCCACAGAAAAUUCCAGACAUGCAGUUGAGGGACAGGGACUCGUAUUCUAGCUCACCCAGCAGAGCCUCACCUGUCAGGCAGACCUUCCGCAAGGACUCAGCCUCCUCCUCUGUGUUUGUGGAGAGCCCAAAGUCGAGGCCCAGCUCUAGUUCAGAGCCUCUGUGUCUGACAGCCGGGCCCGGGGAUGGUGGUAGGGCCACGCCUGGCUUUGGAAAUUCAAUGUCUGGACAAGACUCUGACAACAGCAGGGAUCAUCGUCUGGAGCGUAUGGAGGCAAUGGAGAAGCAGAUAGCCAGCCUUACUGGCCUGGUCCAGAGUGUGCUGACCAGAGCACCAGACAGUGACAGCACAUGCGGCCUUCUGCGUCUCUGCAUGAUGGCGGGCUGCCCUCCGGACCAAGGAACGGAGUUCUCACGGCCAUUACCUUUCUCUUCCAGCGAGAAGACCGAAACCAACAGCGACGGCUCCGCCACUGGAACUGGACGGCUGAAGCACAAAGCUCAUACACCAUCAGCACCUCUAGCUCUGAUGCCGCCGCCACCCUCAAACACAACCCCGGUGAACAGCCUCGGCCGCUUGCAGAUGCAGCUUCACCUGCACGGCCUGCAGCAAAAUGCCACCGACCUGCGCAAACAGCUCACCCAGCUACGCAAGACACAGCUAGAGAACCAGGAUUCAGUGCGAACUCUGUUGAAGCGGACCGAAGCUGAGCUGAACGUGCGUGUGGCUGAUGCCCUUAGGAAGCAGGAAGAUCCUCUGCAGAGACAGCGCCUCCUGGUGGAGGAGGAGAGACUCAAGUACCUCAAUGAGGAAGAGCUCAUCAUCCAGCAGCUCCACGACCUGGAAAAGUCAGUGGAGGAGAUCCAGAAGGAGUCGUCUGUCAACCACAAGCUGGUGACAGUGCAGGAGCUGGAGGAGAAGGCCACUGUUCUGAGAAAGCUGGGAGAAACACUCACAGAACUGAAAAAUCAGUUCCCAGGUCUGCAGAGUAAGAUGCGGGUGGUACUCAGGGUGGAGGUGGAGGCUGUCAAAUUCCUGAAAGAGGAGCCACACAGGCUCGAUGCCCUGUUAAAACGCUGCAAGACUAUAACUGACACCCUCGCCACCAUGCGCAAACAAGCAAAUGGGGGUGUGUGGAAGAAGCAAGAAGACUUUUCUAGUCCUUCAUCAAAGCACAAUGACGACUUGCGAAAGUUUUCAGACUUUGAAAUCCCCACUAGCCCACCACUCACCAUCAAUGACCUUGGGGGAGGUAACAGCCUGUCCAACUGGAGCCCCCACUCCAGCCUCAGCCGUGUCCACGGAAACCUGUCUGGCCCUCACAAGGACAAUCAUCCUCCUGUUCCCAACAAGGGCAAAGCCCUGGAGGAGCUAGAACGGCGUGCUGCUGCUGACAAAGCUUUGUCUGUGGAAGUUCGACUGGCAGCAGAGCGGGACUGGGAGGAGAAGCGGGCCAGUCUGACCCAAUACAGUGCCCAGGAUAUCAACCGGUUGCUGGAGGAGACCCAGGCUGAGUUAAUGAAAGCUAUUCCAGAUUUGGACUUUGCUGCCAAGCAAAUCAAGCCCUCCUCUAACACACCAUCAUCCCAGAACCCCCAAAGUGGGGUAGGAACCUCAGAGCACCGUGUUAUUAAGCCACAGCACAAACUUUCUGGGAAAGAGGGAGGAUCCAGGCGGGGCUCUGAUGAGCUGACAGUACCACGGUAUCGCACAGAGAAACCCUCCAAGUCUCCACCUCCUCCACCACCUAGACGCAGUUUCCCCUCUUCUCCAGGCAUAACCACCCGCAGCGGAGAGCCCCUCAUUCCUGGAAAAAGUAUAAAGAAGUCUGAAUCUGAAGAGACUGAAGGCCAGAAGCCUCAUGUGAAACUGAGGAGGGCUGUGUCUGAAAACCCUCGUCCUGCAUCUACACCACCCACACUUGCCUCUGGGGACAAGGAGGAGAGAGAGGAGGAGAAAAUUGCUGCAGAAUUGGAGCUGUUUGAGAGAGCCCCGCUCAGGCUCGCUCUGUCCCCUCCCCUUCCCCUACCUGUUAGUCCUCGCAGCAGGAAAAGUGUACCUCCCUGCAGACUGGACCUGUGGCCCUCUGAGGCCCCAGGCACUGAGGGAAGGCACUUAUCUCCUGUCCCCCACAUCGUGUUGACAGAGUGUUUGCCUGCUUCGCCCACUGCCUCAGAGGACCCUGUCAGAGAUUUAGCAGAUGACCCUGUAGAAGAGAGUCCAUCACGAGAUUGGACUGGUCAUUAUACCGUCUACCAGACUCAAAUUUCAAAAGAAAGGGGUGCAUUUGAAAGCCCUUCUCAGCGAGAGCAGUCUUGUUUUAAAGAGGAUAGGGAGUUAAAACAGGAGGUUUCCCUGCUGUUGACAGAUUUGGACGUGAUGGUGGUGUCUCCCAUUGAGGCCCAAGAGUUUAGCAGGACUACAGGACAAGCUCUGCAUACUCUGACCAUCUCACCACAGACCAAAGAAAUCUCUGAGGUCCAGCUGAGUGUCCGGCCUCUCCUAGUGCUCCUCAAGGAGGAAGAAGCUGUCAGGGAGGCCUAUAGGCGACUGCAUUCCCUUUUGGAGUUGUCCAAGCCGGUGCCUAAACCCAGGAUAAAAUCCUCCCCCCACUCUGGCCCGCAGAGCUCUCUGAUGGAGGCUCUGAGGAGAGGGAUAGAGACAGGGGAUAAGGUGCUGACACUUCAGCACAACACUGGAACUAAGACGAUUCCUGAGGUACAGAAGAAUCUAUCCCAGAAGAAAACAAGAGAAGAUAUCCGACACAGCACCUACAGGAGGCUGGACAGCUUGGAGGAGACUAUUCGUGAGCUGGAGAACACCUUGAUAGAGAUCAGUGGCCAUCCAACUGCAGAGCAGCUCUACACUGAGACCACCACCAAAAGCCCUCCUGUGCAGAUGACGGGCAGUCCAACCUCAGAGACCAAGAAGCCACCAGUCCCACCCAAGCCAUGCUCUUUGAGCCCAGCAUCGAUCCAGGGAGGGAAUAUUUCUAGUGUUGGCAAAGUUCUCCACUCAUCAGCUGCCUCCAAACUGAAGCACCUGCAGCAGAACAGCACAGACAAGACUAAAAGUGGCAAAAGAGAGGACUUCAUGAAGACCCAGGGCCAGCAGCAGACAUGCCCACCUUGGGUGACCUCUCUGCUCGGCCCACAGAUUAAGGCCUUGGGGACCAACAGCACCAGUGGCAGUAUUGAGCCAUACCUCUCUGGUAUCCAAACGGGCAUUUUCUCAGGCCGAGUGCCCUCUCCUGCAGCAGCGUUUGCCCCUGGCCUGAGGAAGUACCCCCAGGAAGGAGCAAUGCCCUCCCUGACAGCCUCCUCCAGCCAAGCGAGGGCCCUGCUGGCAAGCCUUUCUGCCUCCGGCCUGAGCACUGAGGCCCUGCUCCUCUCUUCCACUCUACGUCAUCACCGCCUUCUACGUGAGCAGCGAGCCUCCUCCUUGCCCCUGCCCAGCAGCCAGUCCUCCUCCCCGACUCCCCCUGCUACCUCCUCCUCCUCCUCCUCUUCACCCACCACCCCAACUCCUUCUCUGUCUCCCUCCUCUCCCACCCUUUCGAGUUCCCUUACCCUCUCUUCUGCGGCUCUCAAGCGCAGUGCUUGUAGCCUUGACCGCUCCAGCCUCAACAGCUGCAAGGAGGGUGGCAGUGAGCCUGUGAAGAAGGACAUCACCCCUGGCAACUCUCGGUGAUGAAGAGGAGGAGGAUGAGGACAUGGGACAAUUCAAGCACCAUCACAUCAUGAACCAUAAAGAGAAAAUGACUACAUUAUGGAAAAUUCCAGCAUUUUUUUAGAGUUGUAUUUUCUUCAAGAAUUUUUGGCUUUUUCCUCUUCUUUUUUUCCUCUCUACUUUUGGCCUCACUCCAAUUUGCAGAGUCUUCAUAUUCCAUGGCAAGAACUACCGUACUGUAAAUGGAGUUCCAAUCUUCUUCUUGGGACAAGUUUCCACUUUCAUCUGGUUCGGUAGUUUCUCUGCAGUCCUCCCAUGCAGUCAUACUGCCAGUUUGCCAGAUAGAGAGCGCACAAAUGGGCCUCCCCUCCUACCAGCUGCCUGCUAUAAGCUGAUGUGUCUGGACGGAUUCACUGACAGUAGCAGUCUUAUAUAUACCCUCACUCAGUGGGUUGUUAGUGGAGUAGACAUAAUUUCUAGACUGUGACUUUUAUCAUAGAAAAUAGAACUGCAAUAAUCACCAAGCGAGUCCAGUAAUUGUGUGUGUUCAGGAUUAUAUUGCUCUCACUUACCUGCAUCACCUGGCAGAAUGUGAGAACGUACUAAAAAAAAAAAAGUAGAUCAAGGUGAUGAUGUGGUUUCAAGCUGUUUUGUGUUAAAAGGCCAUUUGUAGAUUUUCUUGCAUCACCUGUGUUUUAAACUCUGAACUGGUGCUAUAUUUUCCCCUCCGUUUGUACACACUGUGUAAAGAGUUUACAUGAUCGGUCUCACUCCCCAAUCUUUCACCUGCGCUUUGUUUCAAGUGUACAUUCCACCGUCUGAGAUGUCACACGGUUUGAAUAUUUAUAAGCAUCCCUACAAAAUUAAAUCCUUGCAUCAAAUAUUAAGAACAAUUAUAGAAUUUUUUCAAUUUAAAAUGUAAUUUUCAAAUUAUUAUGUAUUUACAAAAGCACAUUGUAGGGAGCAGUCUUAUGACAGCACAUUUCUAUUUAAAAUAGAACCAGGAGGUACAGUUACACAAACAGAAGGGAAAAAUGUUAAGGGGGAAUUGUAUACAAAUGGUGAAUUUCUGUAUAUGUGUAUUAACUAGUUAAUUAUGACAAUCAGGAUGUUUCCGCAGUAGCAUCUUUCUGGCAUCUUAGCACCUGACAUUAAAACCUUCCCAAAGACUCAAGCACACACAGUGAUUAAUAAUACACACAUUCUGUUACACAUGCACUUGUAAAGCCAAGCUGUUUGUAGAAGCACAGACUCUACUCCUUUUUUGUUUUCAGCAAAUCUUGUAUGAUGAUUCAUCUUUAAGGCACAUCUGUCGCACCACUGAUAAAGAGCAGUCUGGUUAAAUAUGCCACAUCGACCAGAAUGACUUCACCCUUUAAGGAAUCUGAUCUACAGAGUGACAGAUCCAAGUAGUUUCUUUUGGGACGCUUGUUUCUUUUGAAACUUCAAAGAUAAUCUGCUGUGAAGUAGCUUUCAAAGUUCUCAGCAAUUUGCAGGUCUUAUUGUAAAACAUAAAAACUUCUUUGAACAAGAACAAAAUAUAUCUUUCACUGCAGUAAAUUGAUCGCACAACAUCUAUGACCCGCUUUAAACUCUUGAGUAGUGUUUUAAUGAUAUAAGAAUGUUAACCAGCACGUAUUUAGAGACUUCAGAUAUAGCUUGACCCUGAAGGGUCUGAGAGGAGAAUAUAGAAAUAAAAAGCAGUUUCCUCUCAAACACGUGACCCUUUCCUCUAAUUUUGACUGUGUGAAGUAAGUUAACCAUGACAAGCACAAAGCAAGUGUUUCUCGAAGGAAAAAAAACAUCCCUGUAUAUUUAAAAUACUGAUAAAUAUUGCUGUUGCCUCAUUUGGUUUGAUUACCUGCACGUUAAAACAUGAAACAUCUAUGUAUGUUAGGCCUUUGGUGUGUCUUAAUGACGGUAGUUGAAGUUAUUAUUUAAAGCACAUCAAAGGCCUGUCAGUGUAAGCCCUGCACAAGGAACCAUUUUGAAGCUCUCUGUCCCGUGUUAUUGCCUUAAGGCUGCCCACUGGGGAGGUGAUGACGUUCAACGGACAGUCAAAGACAAAGUGAUUUUUCUUUUCCAGUUCACUACAAUGUCUGUGUGAAAUAGAUUUUUUUUGUGGCAUUGAGAUUAAAACAUGUGCAAAGGGGCUUGUGUCAAAGAGUAGGCAGCUUGAGGAGAGGGGAUUAGUUUGGGGACAUGUGUUUGAAGGCUACUUUAAUGAGAAUGGCUUUGACUUGCCUUGUCUCCAUUGAGAGUGCUUGUGAUAUAAAGGACCCAAAGAGAUGAGAGGAAGGGUUUGACAGUCAGAGAGCCAUUAAGCGGCUGUUCUUUCCCCUGCCCCUUUCACUUUGCUUUGUCUUUGGUGUGAAAUAAAUACCACUCAGUUGAGGUUAUCUUAGGAUAAAGUUUGAUGGGCCUCAAUUCAUGAACAGUAACUGUGUGUGCAAUAUGUAAUUAGCACUCUACACUAGCACUAGCAGUUUUACCAAGGCAGUGCUCUUUGCCUUUGAGAAAGGCCUCUUUGUCUGCAAGGACCUGUUAGCAUGUCUUUCCCAGUGCCUCUAAGACUUUGUUCUUGCCAGAAAUCCCCAGUUGAUCUUGUAUUACAGUAUUAGAUCAGCAGCAAUGACAGAAUAACACUUUUACCCAAAGAAGAGGAUGCGAGAAUUGGCUUGAUCCCAUUUUUCGCGGAAAAAAGAAAACAGCGCUUGAAAUGCAGUGUGUGUCGAGUUGCAGCGGUGGCAUUUGACUAAACACUCCCCGAGCUCUAACAAUGUGCAAAACUGCAAGCUCACAGCACAGCGAAUUAAGCCUCACCCUGGGUGCUCUGUAGCUCUGCCAGGCAGGUUCAAGCCCUGGGUUUCAUAUUGAGUGAAGUCAAAUGAAAGAAAUUCACUUACUCAUGCUGUUCCACACUCAAAUCCACAACUCUCCGAGUUAAAUUUGCUGCAUUUGCGUCUGGUGAGCGUUGGGGAGGAAGUAUUCACGCUUGGCUGCCUUCCCCAAGUAAAGUCUGAGAUGAAACCUCCCAGAAUUGCGUGACAGUGCUCUCUGCAAUGAUUUUUUCAAGACAAGUGUUAGUGGGAUGUGAUUUCAACAUGGCUGGAGGUUUAGAGGGCAUGUCGAAGACACUCACAGAGGAUGCCCCUGGCAAUCAGAAAAACUCAUGCAAACUUGAAAUCAAACAUAGAAGAAAUAUACAUAUAUAAAUAUAUCUAAGUGAGAUGUUUGUGUAUGAUAUUAUAAUUGUGAAGAAAAGUGUGAUAUAUAUAGGCCUAGGUUAAAUUAUAUACUGUAAAAUGUCAUCAUCUCUUCAGUUUUAUAUAUUAGUGACCAUUUUGUACAGAUUUUUCUUUUUUAAUUCAUUGACAGAGAUAUUACAUUUCACACUGAGAUUAUUUAUUCAUACGCAGAACAUUUUUAUAUUUGUUUAAAAAUAUCUGUAUAGAUAACAGUUAGCCUCUGUAAUAUACACUGAAGUUCAUUUUUAAAUUCUAGGAUUUUCUUUACGAACACUGAGUUAGAUUUUAUGUAAGUUUGAUUUAUAAAAAGCUUGUCCCUGAAAACGCUUGUCCAGCUCGUCUGCACCUUUGCCUCCUCAUGUGAAGGGCCACUAUCGAGGUGCAAGAGGCUGGACCAGUGCCUGUGCUUAGGGGCUUAUUUUGCUACUAUCUUUUUGUUUUAGGGGGUUGUUUUCUGUACCUGUGGUCUGUUUUUUGAUUUCACCCCAUCCUGUAUUUGUGAUUCAACUGGUAUUAAUGAGUUGGAGAUGGUCAGAAACACUGAUAUUGUGGUAACUACUGUGAAAGGUCAGUUUAUGGGCCCAAAGGCUUCAUAGAGAGCCUUGCUGCUUUGAGAAAAGUAAGUUAAAUGGCUUUAAUUUUUCUGUGUCAUGUUUGCAUGUGAACAAGAGUGGUAGAAAUGAGAAUAUGGAUGCUCAGUGCAAAAGCAUUCAGAGACAAAAAGUUCUUAAUCAUUAUAACUGGUGAAAGUACAUUUUGUUGCUUAUUCCGUUCCAGUUGUUGCACCGAGUGGCUUUAAGUAGCAGUUAAGCUAAACCACAGAAGUUGUUAAAACCACCAAGAUGGAGCAGUAAGGGAAUUAUGUGGAGUUGUGUGAUUUCAAAGUUUUAUCUCUUCCUUUGCCAUUUUAUCUUUUUUUUAUAAUGAACAUUCUAUAGUAUGUAUAUGAGAUUUUUACAUGAAUGUGUGGAUGUUCAAAAAUCUUGGCAUCAAAAGUAGAAAAACAAAAUUGACUUGUAAAUAGGCCGAGUCAUUCCUAGCGAGUUCAACAAAUUGUUAUGUCCAAAAGAAGAUGUUUUAUUAAUAAACUAUGACGAUGGGUACAAAGGUAUAUACAAAACAAUGCAUGUAUAGUCUCAAGCAAUCGCACGGUGCAGUUGAAAAAAAUGUUGUCUACAUGUUUUCUCAAAAAAAUGAGAAAGAGAGAAAGAAAAGUUGUUCUACAGUAUGUUGCAGGUUAACAAACAUGAAGAAUGAGACAUUACUUUGGUAUCUGUGACACAGGCAUGUUCAGUCUUACUGUGAUGUUAUGUGACGAUGAAGAUAACGAUAGUGGCCGAGAGUGUUGAAUGUCUAGAAGGAUUCAGAAUGCUUGAACGCACCCCAACCAGAGAAGUCACCAGUGAUGGUGUACUCUUUCCACGGAGUGAUUCUCCCAUUUGUAGAGUAGUGUGAUAUAAGAACAAAAAUAAUACUGAAAAUAGAUCUAUAAUAUAAUAAUAUAUAAAUUUAAAAGCCUACUGAUACUGGAGAUACUAAUUUAUCAGUGUGGAUGCCAUGAUAUUCUGUGAGAAAUGUGUGUGUUUUUCCUGUGAGAAGACAGAAGGCAGUUGAACCUGCCUUCUUUUGUACAUAAUUUGCUGUGAUUGUGUGUCCAAUAAAGUGCAGCUCUCUUGUACAGUG